AUGGAUGAAAAUGUUGAUACAUGGCCUUUUAUACCAUCAACGACAGCGAUGUCAAAUGCAUCGAUGAGAUCUUCUACGAUUCCCACAAUAAUACCACCAGCCAUAGCACCACCGCCGCCAACCAUACGUGAACGCAAUCGCAUGCAUGCAUUAAAUGAAGCAUUCGACGAACUACGUCGUGUUGUACCGAAAGCUAAUUUACAUGAUCAUCAACGUUUAUCAAAAAUAGCGACACUUCGUCUUGCUAUUCAUUAUAUAACUUGUCUAACGCAAAUUCUCGAUUCGAAUGGAACAAAAAAACAAUACCCACAUCAACUAUUAUCCCCACCGUCGUCAUCAUCAACGGCCACAUUAUCACCACCAUCAUAUAUUCAACACGAUUCCCUCAUUGUAGCAAGACGACGAGGACAACGUUUACGUCGACGAACGCGACUCACGACGUACGAAGGACAAGUAUAUGAUGAUAUUGAAUAG